CUGACGUACGCAGUCGACACACGCCUCGGAAUCAUUCGUAACAUCACUACGACAAGCCAGAGAAGCAGCGUUCCGGAUCUCCGAGGAAACGAAGGAAAACAAACCGCUAAGCUUCGCUAACAUAGCUACCGUGAGGCUGCAGAGUUAGACUGGCACCAAGUUAGCAAAAUAUCGUUAUCUUGCGCACCAGUGAUAAGCUAGCUACAUUUAAUCUAAACAGCAUGACCAGGGAGCUGACGUUAGCUUAAUAAAUGACAGGAAAAAAAUCAUGUUUAGUACAUGAUAGAGGGGCGAAGUCUGUCAGUCUCAGUCUAUUGUUUCCGACCCUGCUUAGCACUAUAUAUAAAGCUAGCCUAGCUAUAUUUAUCGUUAAUGCAUUGCUGGAUAACAGAUCGCUGUUGUUGACUGCAAACUAACCUUGAAUUGUCGCAAGUGUGGUUAUCGGCUUUUGUCUAACUAACGUUAGUAUAUCUAGGUCGUUUACAGUCAGCACGCCCGCUGGCCUCUAAAUUGCUAGUUAGCUGGCUAACCGUGCGUGGUUAGCUAGCUAGCUAGCUAGGUAGAUGUUUUGCAAGCCCAGUUGGCUACAACAAUGUUAGCUAGCUAGCCAAGUUAGUUUCACGUUUAAAGCAAGUUUAGAACUAUUGGCAACUAAGACUGCGAAUUAGCCUCUUGCUAAUUGCGGGUCAUUCUGUCACGAGUUAUCGUUCCGUUGCCUGGACUGACUGGACGUUGUCAGUGCGAAAGGAUAGAACUCGGUAGGACGAGGUAGUGCCUGCGCGCAUCCGGAGAAGGGAAACCUGCAGAAGCCAGGCCAAGCAACACGAAAAAUGGCGUCAGCCGGUACUGCUGCUUUGGGAUCCGUGGGUCCGGCAGGGUCAGGCGGGGUCCGGAAGCCAGCUGCCCCUGAGAUGGCCGGCUCGUCAGGAACCUCCCAGACCAUGAAGAAGACCAUUGGACACCGGGGGGUAGACCCUACGGGCGAAACCACCUAUAAGAAGACCACCUCCUCAGCCCUGAGAGGUGCCAUCCAGCUGGGCAUCACGCACACGGUGGGCAGCCUGAGCCAGAAGGCGGAGCGCGACGUCCUGAUGCAGGACUUUGUGGUGGUGGAGAGCAUCUUCUUCCCCAGCGAGGGCAGCAAUCUGACCCCGGCUCACCGCUACAGCGACUUCAGGUUUAAGACCUACGCCCCCAUCGCCUUCCGCUACUUCCGCGAGCUCUUCGGCAUCCGGCCUGACGACUACCUGUACUCGCUGUGUAACUACCCGCUCAUCGAGCUGUCCAACUCGGGGGCCAGCGGCUCGGUCUUCUACGUCACCAACGACGACGAGUUCAUCAUCAAGACCGUGCAGCACAAGGAGGCCGAGUUUCUGCAGAAACUGCUUCCGGGUUACUUCAUGAACCUGAACCAGAACAAGCGGACGUUGCUGCCCAAGUUCUACGGGCUGUACUGCGUGCAGGCGGGCGGCAAGAACAUCCGCAUCGCCGUGAUGAACAACCUGCUGCCCCGCUCGGUGCACAUGCACCUGAAGUACGACCUGAAGGGCUCCACCUACAAGCGCCGCGCCUCCGCCAAGGAGCGCGACAAGGCCUCGCCCACCUACAAGGACCUGGACUUCAUCCAGGACCUGCCCGAGGGCCUGCUCAUGGAGCCCGAGAACUACAACGCCCUGAGCAAGACCAUCCAGAGGGACUGCCUGCUCCUGCAGAGCUUUAAGAUCAUGGACUACAGCCUGCUGGUGGGGAUCCACAACGUGGACCAGGCGGGGGAGAGCGACCAGCGCAUUCGGCGGGGGCAGAAGGCCCUGUUCAGCACCGCCAUGGAGUCCAUCCAGGGGGAGGGCCGGGGGAAAGGCCCUCUGGACUCCGCCGACCAGUCCGGGGGCAUCCCAGCUCGUAACGCUAAAGGGGAGAGGCUGCUGGUGUACAUCGGCAUCAUCGACAUCCUGCAGGCCUACAGGUUCAUGAAGAAGCUUGAACACUCCUGGAAAGCCCUCGUCCACGAUGGGGACACGGUGUCUGUGCACAGGCCUGGCUUCUACGCAGAGCGGUUCCAGAAGUUCAUGUGCAACACGGCCUUCAAAAAGAUCCCACUGAAGCCGUCGCCGUCGAAGAAGAGCCGGUCCGGGGGCCAGGGCGGGCUGCGGAGGGCCAAUACCGCCACGGGGUCCACCGUCCCCCCGUCCCACGCGGCCGGCGGCUCCGCCCUGGAGGCGCGGAUCGCCUACCAGUCCCAGCUCAGCCAAUCGGAGGCGGACGCCGACAGCGGCAUGCAGUCAGGACGCCCUGACCUUCUCCCGAGGACCCCUCCCAUGGACGAGGCCGUCUGCGACUCCAUUGACACCACCCUCUCCAACUGCUCCCUGGGAAGCAUGGGGCUUGGCUCCACCUCCCUGCUCGUCAGGUCUGUUGGAGUGGAGGUGCACAAGUCGGAGAGCCAAGACCACAGCGCCCCCUACAGCUCUGACGGGGCGGCCGCGGACGAUCAGGACAGCAGAGACGACGUCAUUUCACUCCAGGACAUCGAGACCAACCUCUGAUCUUGUUAGAAGAGAAGGAAAGCGAUCCUGUGAAAAGUGCAAGUCUGAGAGAGCGAGAGAACGAGAGAGAGAAAGGACCGGAACGUGUGGAGAGAGACUCUGAACAGGAAAGGAAAAAAAAAAAAAGAAAAAAAGAACAAUCCCUAAUUUUUCAGUGGGGGACUUUGCCAAAGUGUGCGUCGGGAGGUCAAAGGAAGAAUAAGCGAGAGAGGGGGAAAGCGAGGGAUGAAGGGAGAGCACGAGAGACGGAGAAGACACCCGAGCUUGCUGGUUGUGGCAUGGACUGUAACUGCAUGACGAGUGCAGUGUUGCACCAGCACCUCUCCGCCGGCCUCGCCCCCGCCCGGAGGCCUGGGCCCAGCGCUGGGCGGGCCGGUGCAGGGGCCCGUCUCCGGGGUGUCUGGGCCGGAGGGCGACGGCCGGCUGGAGGUGCACCCGACGGGCACACGGGUCACAGGGCCCCCGGUGGCUCCCGGGUCGAACCCCGAGCCGAACGCUCCGCCGAUUGCCUCCUGCCUGUGCGCAAGGAGAGCCACAUUUCUACCGAAGGAAAGUCAGAGCGACGAUUGUAAUUUCUCAAGAAAAGUUGCCUUACGCGAGAACUCAAAGAAAAGUAGCCUUCCCUUACUGUAGUCCGACUCGACACCAGUUUGACGGUUACUCCCCUUGAAGUGAUUUCAUAUUCGGUUUCGUUUGGGCUUCAUUGCAUUUCAUAUUGCUGCACGUUUUGCUGUCCCUGGAGGUUUGUUAUGUCACAGUAAUUCUGUGUUCGUCUCUUUCUGCAGUACCUGUCGAGUGCUAGGUCAGUUUCGCGCUGCAGUAUUUUACACUCCUACUGCUGAGCUGUGGUGAGCUAAGAGGGGUCUGUAAUUCUGUGCCAUAACAAGAGGCGGUGCAGGGGUGAUCCAGGAUUGGGACUACAAUUCCCACGAGCCCCCUUUGUUCUCUCAUCCACAGAGAUGGGGCAGUGCCUGGGCUCAGUUGAACAUGGUCUCUGUAGUUUUUUUUUUUUUUUUUUUUUUUUUUUUUUUUUCUCCCCCCCUCCCCUUUCUCCUUUUCCCUUAGUCUUUUUGGACUUGUGAUUAUAUUGACGAUUGUUACAAUUGCAACUUUUUAAAUGUUUCAUUUUAAAGAAACCUGAAUGAUGGGUUGCUGAAAAAUUGUACUCUCCACUUUGGAACUUUUUACCCCCCCCUCCUUCCCUUCUAUUUUGAUGAUAUAAAAAAAAAAAACAUUUUUAGGAUAUUGAGAAUACUGACUCACGUGGGAAACGGUCUCGUUUCCACGGUUACACUAACGUCAGGCGAUAUGGUGCCGUGUACGAGUCCUCCGGGGCUCGGGUUUCAGAGGCGAACUUGCUCAAUCCCUUCGGCUGGGACGGGCUGGCCUCGCCGUAGAAAGGUCGACUGCCCUCCCCGCAGCCCGCGGUUCCGAGCGGGGCGCGUCCGACCGCGGCGUCCUGCCCCUGGCGCAGAUGAUGACGGCGCUUCUCGAAAUAACCACCGCAGGCGAAAGCGCAAGAAGGUUCACAUCCUGGAAAUGAACUAGCGUGCGUUUUGGUUUCGGCUCGAGGUGCCGAAAGGGCCGUCGGCUUUGUGGGGCUUUGUGGACUUCCUGCUCUUCUCCCCCCCCCCACCAAAUAUAGCUGUGAAAGGUCGUUGGCAAGGUACAGGGGGGGGAGGAAGUACCCAGGGUGCAGUUUGGGGGGAGUACUGUGUGUGGUGACUGGUCCCCCCCAUCAGCUCUAGCUCAGUUACACUUCACUGAGCACUGAGUCUUGUGUAUUAGGACCUAUGAAAUGCAAAAAGUGCCAGCCCUUCUGGUCCCCGUGGUUGGCUCAGCUGCACCAGGCAAGAUCAACCGAGCACAGAAGUAUUUGAGUCCCAAAACAAUUACGUAACUGAACCUGGUGUGCCCUCGAGCGGACUGCUCCAGACUUAUGUCGGCGCACAGUCAUUUUUAAUGUUCUCCUACCUAGUGCGCCCAGCGGUGCAGUGCAGCUGCUUUCUCACAAUCGUUUUUCUCUGGCCUUGUCUUGGACAUAGGAGUUAGUGCUCUGUAACGUGUGUGUGUGUGUGUGUGUGUGUGUGUGUGUGUGUGUGUGUGUGUGUGUGUGUGUGUGUGUGUGUGUGUGUGUGUGUGUGUGUGUGUGUGUGUGUGUGUGUGUGUGUGUGUGUGUCUGGCCUUGUGGUUGUUCUGCAUGACUUUCAGCCUGUAUUGCGCUAAUCUCUGUUGGGCUGUUCAUCGUACUAGUUAUACACGCACUGCCAGCCGAAGUCAUCGGUGCGCCAGCCAUCCGGUGGACCAAUCAGAACGGACGACCAAUGAAUCCCAUCUGCCACGAGGGCAGAGAGAAACUUUUCACUGCACAAUGGACACCUUUGCACGCUCGCACACACACACACACACACACACACACACACAUAGCCAUUCAUGUGCCUUCAACAUGCUGCCUAAGACUGUCUCGAUGAAACUGCCCGAUGCCAGCGAACGAGCGCUUUUCUCCGGGUAAUGGAGAUGUCUGCCGAUCUCGCAAAGGACCAACGUUCACACACACACACACACCUUCCGCAAACCAACGGCUCAUUUCCAUUUCUUUUGUGUGGUGGAGUUUAGAGUCGAUGGCUGCGGCCUGUUGUUUUUGGCUGUUUUACCCCCCAUCUCUCCCUCCUCCACCAUCACUGCGCUUGCUCCGCUUUCUGUUGCUUCUCUCGCUGAUUUCUCACUGACAAAUUUAGAAUUUUUCUUUUACGCAAUUCGGGUAGUAAUCUUAUCCGUAAUCAGUAUCCCUCCGGGACCGACUGUCAGGACCGUGCCCAAACGGGCCAGGGGGGGGAAUUGCGUUCACCACACGCUGUUCUGCUCUGAUCAGACUGGUGUGGCUUGGGGGGGAAUUGCCACUGGUGGACCUUUGACUUGAUUUGGGGAUGACUUGCUGAAUUAAAAUGGUUGAUCCCCCCCCCCCCCCCCCCCCUCAGUGUCCUCUAUAUUCACAUGGAUUGUACAUUUCGGUCCGUUGGCUGCUGUUCCACGCCAAAUAGUUAUUGCAUGAGCCGCGGUCGUGCCGUAGCGCUCAGUUGCGCACGUAGUCGCAGCCCGAUGCCCGUUAGCUUGGCUAUGGAGGCGCCUGGUUCCUGCGCUGUGGCCGCAUUGAUUGGUGUGAACCUUCACUAUGUGAACGAUUUCUCUGCAGUCAAACCAAAUUCCCACAAACCCCAUUCCCACAGCCCGCAUCACAGUGCUCACGUUUUGUCCCCUCCCUGGUUGUCGACUGGAAGUUGACUGGAAUGUUAUUUUUAUCCUGUUUUUAAGUUUUGGAAGGUUUCUGUAUAAAACGGGCGGACUUGUAUUCCGUGGAAUGGAAGACGUAAACAGGGUUUAACUGGAACACACACUCCUCCAAAAUGGUUCCGUGGCCUGUGCCGUUUAGAAAUGGUAUAAGUAAUAUGUGCGUAUCUAUGCGUGUGUAUGCAUGUGAGAGAAGGCAUAGUCUACUUCAUGAUUUACAUGUUGCAUGUAUUUCUAAUUGGGCCUUGGAUUUAAUUCCUUGAAAUGAAAACCAUUCUUGUUUUCUGGAAGGAGUUUAGCUAUUAAAAGAAAAAGAAAAAAAGAAAUCCCAGUGCAAGUGUUCAGUUGGACAAGCACACAGCUCCUUGCUCCAAUACAAGGCAUAUUCGCAAAUGUGCAGUAUGUCCAGCCAAGCACUUUUCCUGGGUUAUAUUUUGUUGUACAAACUGCGUUUUGUGCCUUUUCAAGAUGGUUGUCAGGAUCAUUUCUUGCCAGAGGGUAGCCGAAUGGUAAAAAAUAGAAAGUGCAUCUGAAAAUUGGGGAUUGGAUUGGAUUUUCCUCUGUCCUUUCACAGUGCUUUAAAUGUUUUUCUUUUGCAUUCCAUUUCAAAUUGUCCAUUGACCUCCAUCACACAUUUCACAUCCAUCAAACAAUUUUGGGCAUCUUUUCUUUUUUUUUUUGCCCAAAUAAACCCCCCCCCCCCUCCCAAA